AUGGGCGCUAUCGACAGGCUUCAGCAGAUUGGCAACCAGAUCUCGGGUGGCGCUACCCCCAAGGGUCGCGCUAAGCUCCUGGAGAAGAACCCCGAUGACAUCGUCGUCACCUGUGCUCUCCGGACGGCCAUCACCAAGGGCGGCAAGGGCGCUUUCAAGGACACCUUUGCCUCUGACCUCCUGGCCGGUGCCCUGAAGGGUAUCCUUGAGCGCUCCAAGAUCAAGCCCGAGCUCGUCGAGGAUAUCGUUGUCGGCACUGUCCUUGCCCCCGGCGGUGGCGCCACCGAGAUGCGUGCCGCUUCCCUAGUCGCCGGCUUCCCCGUCACCACUGCCGUUCGCACCCUCAACCGCCAGUGCUCGUCUGGUCUGCAGGCUUGCGUCGAUGUUGCCAACGCGAUCCGCAGCGGCAUGAUCGAGAUCGGUAUCGGUGCUGGCGUCGAAUCCAUGUCCACUCAAUACGGCCCUGGUGCCGUCAGCGAGUUCUCUGAGCUCCUUGAGAGCCACCCCGAGGCUGCCAACUGCAAGGUUCCCAUGGGUGUCCUCUCUGAGCAGAUGGCCAAGGACCGCAACAUCACCCGCGCCCAGCAGGACGCCUUCGCCGCUGCUUCGUUCCAAAAAGCCGUUGCGGCCCAGAAGGCUGGCCUCUUCAAGGAGGAGAUCUACCCCAUCAAGGCCAAGUACACCGACCCCAAGACCGGCGAGACCAAGGAGGUCCUGGUCGACAAGGAUGACGGUAUCCGUGAGGGUGUUACCGUUGAGUCCCUUGCCAAGAUCCGCCCUGCCUUCGCCAAGGACGGCACCAUCCACGCCGGCAAUGCCAGCCAGGUUAGCGAUGGCGCUGCUGCUGUCCUCCUGAUGAAGCGCUCUACCGCCGAGAAGCUCGGACAGCCCAUCCUGGGCAAGUUCGUCGCCGCCUCCAUCGUCGGCGUCCCGCCCCUUCUCAUGGGCAUCGGCCCCUGGAAGGCCAUCCCCAAGGUCUUCGAGCUGACCGGCAUUACCAAGGAUGAUGUUGAUAUCUUUGAGAUCAACGAGGCUUUCGCCAGCCAGUGCCUGUGGUGCGCCAACGAGCUCGGUAUCCCCGCCGAGAAGAUCAACCCCAAGGGCGGUGCCAUCGCUUUCGGCCACCCUUUGGGUUGCACUGGUGCCCGCCAGGUCUCGACCCUGCUCUAUGAGCUGAGGAGGCGCGGCCAAAAGAUUGGUGUCACUUCCAUGUGUAUUGGCACUGGUAUGGGUAUGGCUGCUGUUUGGGUUGCCGAGUAA